AUGAAGGCUUCGAUUGAGGAGGAGAGUUGGAGGGUGGAAACACAAGAAAACAUAAACACAAAGAAGAAGAAGAAGAAGAAGAAGAGAAAAGUGAAGGAGGACAGACUAAGUAACUUGCCAGAUGAAAUUAUCCUUCACAUACUUUCUUUUUCGGACGCAAAAACAGCAGUUCAGACGAGUGUUCUCAGCAAGCGAUGGAGGUCCCUUUGGACUUCACUCCCCGUCGUCAAUUUCCUCGACUCGUCCUUCGAUGAUCCUGUCAUUUUCCAAUGUUUCGUGCAGCAUGUGUUGUCCCGUAGAGACGCUUCCACCAAUCUCAACAUGCUUAAACUCGUGUUCGACGAUCUUCUUGAUGUUCUUGAUGAUGUGGACAUCGUAGAUUCCAUCAUUGACUACAUUAAACCAACAGAUAUUCAGGAUCUGAGCAUCACUACUAAAUGUUUUAUUUGGAAUCUACCUCAACUCUCUGCUUGUCGCUCCCUCACCACCCUGCACCUGGCAGGCAUAGUAACUAACAGCGCAAUGUUUGAUUCUGUUUCCCUACAACACUUGUAUCUUUUUCAAUGCGAGUUCGAGUAUUUGGUCCAUGAGAAUGAUCCUUUCAGCGGUUGUCCCAAUUUGAGGUGUCUGUCCCUACUUGAUUGUUCUUACGUUGGCAAUAUUCACAAGUUUGAAAUCCAUGCUCCCCAGCUGACGGACUUGACCAUAUCCAAUAUGCGAAAGGAAUCAGGCUUUGCGAUUGAGCUUUUUACUCCAAAGAUUCAAUCUUUUAGAUAUAGUGACAACUAUUAUCUUUGUGAUUUUUUCAUUAAGGGAAACCUUUCCUUUGUAGAGAGAGUGAAUAUUGAUUUAGGCGGUUUUCGGCCCAACGAAGAAUUCACCAAGGCCACUAAUUUGUCUCUUAAGCUGAGUAAAUUGUUUGAAGCGAUGGGGAGUGCAAAGUUUGUAUCCUUAUCACCUCGUAUCAUUCAUGUUCUGUCUGUGGUUCAUCCUCCUCUACGGUGUGGUCGGUCUUCUCCUUUCACUAGCUUGAAGAAUUUUGAGUUAAUAACGGAUACACAUAUCCCUCUUGCCAUACCAACCAAUGUGAUGGCCUACUUAUUUGGUGGUUCUCCUGGAUUUGAUUGA